AUGCUCAUCUGCACCGUCAUCAUCGUCAUCAUUUUGAACCAUAUGUAUCGAUGUUGGCCCGAUCUGGAGAUUUAUGACACGCUCUGUGCAUAUGUUUGCGCGCAGGCGUGCCAUGAUGGAGUAGACAUCCUCCCAGGUAGUGCAGUGACAACUUUCAUGACCACAAUUGGCGGGCCAUUCAAGGUUGUGCAAGUGAAAGGAAGAGGUGGGAUAUCGAAGUUCACUGUACCUGAGCCGUGGGACACGAUCGGCCUUCUUGGUUCUGGCGCGUAUGCGACGGUGGCGGCGUUCCGGAUUGGCCAGCACGAUCGUUACGCGGUGAAAAAAAUCGAGAGGGUGUUCGACCACCCAGUAUUGGCGCUCAGGACUCUUCGCGAGGUGAAAUUGCUCCAGCACUUCCAGCACCCCAACAUCCUGAAUCUCCGCCAGUUCUACGUUGAUGGUCCAGACUUCAAGGACACAUACCUGUGUUUGGAGAUGAUGGACAGCGACUUGCACAGUCUCAUCUCGAUGAUCCUCAGGACAUCUGCUAGCACAGCGUGUGUCACCCCAGUAGCAUGUAGCCUGUGUCGAAGGGCGUCAGUUCCGAGGUGGGGAUUUAUCAUCAUCCACCGCCUGCCGAGCUCCCCGAAGACCGAUCCCCCAGGCGGCGGUUGUAGAUAUAUUCCCGCCUCGCAUGGGUGGACAAGCGCACAUUGGCGUUGGCCCACGCUCUGA